AUGGUAGCGGUUCAGAGGUUCAAAAAUAUCUUCCUCUCUAUCUCACAUACACGUACGUAUAUCAUCUCCCGCAAAAAGUCGACCCCUCCAUAGAUUUUCAAGAAUCUCCACACAGUACACACGCGCAAAUGUCAUCUACACUGCCUCUGAGUUCAAAGAUAAACCCACCUCUUCUUCAUAAACCCCAAUUCCUCUCACACUUCGCCACUUCCCUUUCACUCCCCUCCAGACCAUUUUCAAAAUCCCACAUAUGCUUCUCAAUUCCACCCUCAAGCAACAGCAACAGCAACAGCCCACAAGAAGAGGCUCGAUGGCUGAGGGAAGAGCAACGGUGGCUCAGGGAGGAGCAGAGGUGGAUUCGGGAAGAGUCCAGGUGGAACGCUGAGCGGGAGACAUUGUUGCACGAAAUUCACAGUCUUAAGCUUAGAAUCCAGGAAUUGGAGCGCCUCAACUCCCUUCAGGGUGCAUCUGCUUCCGAGACUGUUGCAAAUAUUGCGAAAUUGCUGCAGGUGUAUAUUGAAGUGUUAAAGGAGGGGGAUUUAGGGAAGAAUGUGAAUAGACUUGCCGAAAGUGGCUCAAUUGCUGUGCCACUAGUAAUUGAUGCUGCUAAAAGGGGUGAGGAAGUUAUUGUGAAGGAAGUAAUUAAAGUUGCAGAUAGAGAGGAGAAUGUGAGAAAGAGGGAAACAUUGAGGAAAGGGUCAGAAGGAGAUGAGGUUCGAGUCAUGCAGGAAGCUUUGCAGAAGCUGGGAUUUUACUCUGGUGAAGAGGACAUGGAGUAUUCGAGCUUCUCUAGCGGGACUGAGCGUGCAGUAAAAACUUGGCAAGCUACAUUGGGAGCUCCAGAAGAUGGAAUUAUGACCUCAGAGCUUCUCGAGAGGUUAUGUAUUGAGCAAAAAGUUGAAAGUUCUCAAGGACUUAAACCAAAAUUAUUAGAGAAGAGUGAAAAUGGAGCUCUAACCGCUUCGACUACCGCAAUAUCUGAAGUUCAGCAGACAGUUUCAAAAGAAGAUGGUACAACAGAAGUUGAAGUAUCUCAUCAUCGAGUCUUUCUUCUGGGAGAGAAUCGAUGGGAAGAACCUUCCAGACUCUCUGGGAAAAGCAACCAAACUGCAGUCAAGAAUGACAAGGGCAAUACUAAAACAAAAUGUCUUACUUGCCGUGGGGAAGGCCGCUUAUUAUGCAUGGAAUGUGAUGGAUCUGGUGAACCAAACAUUGAACCACAGUUUCUGGAAUGGGUAGAUGAAGGAACAAAGUGUCCAUACUGUGAAGGCCUGGGAUACACAACAUGCGAUGUAUGUGCAGGCACGAAAUUUGCCACUGCUUAACUUGUCUUUCUUGGUGGCAUACGACACUGGAGAAGCUGAUGUUGAGAUGAUUUGUUGAUAAUCCGGGGGCAAAAAUCUUUCCCAAACGUUGUCUGAAUCAGAGGCGGAUUUGAACCUGUGUGAGACUAUCGAGAAUCUUGUCGCGUCCAUGGGCGAUGUGAGUGACAGAAUGGUGGAAAUGCAUUCCUCCGGCAGCCUUGCAAAAGGGUCCAUGUUCAUCCUGGUUCUACUGUUUUAAUCUUCAAAAACUUGAUCUCUCCGUUUGAGAGAAGUGUGUUUUUGUUUUUGUAUUCCGUACUGGUUUUCCUGUUUCUCACCCACUCUUAUCCAAUUAUUGAAGAGGUUGGUCUAUCUCCCUCUCUGAAAAGUACUUGGCUCUGUCUCAAUAUAUUUUAUUUAUCAUACCCAGUAGAAUGGAUUUGGCAGUG